AUGAUCAUCUGCAUCGGUCCCAUCUGCAUCCCGCUCUGGGGCUUGCUGCCCCUGAUUGCCGCCUUCCUGGCCCCGUACUGGGCCAAGCUCAAACAGUGGCUGGGCUGGACUGCACCGCCAGAGACCCCGACGGCCGCCACAACCGCCACAGAAGGCGAUGCAUCCAGCGAACAAGAUGCACCGGCUACUAGCCUGGAGGAUGAGCCAGCAGCAAUGCCCCCGACUGCCGUGCGUCGAAUUGACAGUGAGGAUGACUGGGCGGCCUGCAAGGCCGAAGCUCAAAGCCAUGGCUGGGUGAUGGUGGUUGACUUUGGGGCCACCUGGUGCAAGCCAUGCCAGGCUUUGAAGCCAGCCUUUCACAGCGCCGCAGCUAAGCGUCGAGCCCUUUUUGUCGAAGUUGAUGUUGACGAUACCCCAGAGAUCGCCGAAGAGUACCAAGUUGCUGCCCUGCCAACCGUGCUCAUCCUGCGCGACGGCAAAGAGGUGACCAAAAAGACGGGCCCCAACGCCGAUAGCUUGACCGCGCUUGUGAAUGAGCACGCCACCGCCAGGUGA